AAAAAAAAACAUGAAAUAGAGUGAGUGAGACUUUGAUAGAAGAAAAACAUAAGACUCACUCUCAUUUCUUUGUCUCCUCCUUCCUCCUCCAAGUGUUUUAUUUUUUUCUGAAGCUCUCAACUCACUCUCUCAACUGAGCUGCUGCUUCUUCUUCUUCUUCUUCUUCUUCUUCUUCUUCUUCUCUGUGACUGUGAGUACUGAAGAGUUUUUUUGCUAUCAGAAACUGAAACCAACUACUCUCCAAGACCCAGAAAUAUCAAGAGCAAACAGACAAAAUCCAGAGUUUUUUUUUGUGAUUUUGAGGAUCGCCGGUUUCCAGAGAAUGGAAAUCCGGCGAAGUUUACAAUUCAAUCCAUCGCCGGCGGCUUUUUCCGUCUAAAUGCAAGGAAAGAGCCGUCGAAUUGAUGAAAAUCAGAAAAGGUAUGAAAUUUCAGACUUGAUAGCUCAAACCCAAACCCAAACCCCAACUUCUUCUUCUUCUGGUUAUUCUUCUACAACACCUUCUUGUUCAUCAACAACAAUGGCAACUACUGCAACAAACACCACAACGGCAAUAACAACAGAAACGACUUCUUUACAGGUAGUUUCAGGUGGUGGUGAUGAUUUGACUGUGAAAUCAGUACAUAAAAGGUAUGAAGGAUUAGUAGCAGUAAGGAAUAAAGCUAUUAAAGGGAAAGGAGCAUGGUACUGGGCUCAUUUAGAACCAAUACUUAUACAGAAUUCUGAUACCGGUUUACCUAAAGCUGUUAAAUUAAGAUGUUCAUUAUGUGAUGCUGUUUUCUCAGCUUCAAACCCAUCAAGAACUGCUUCUGAACAUCUUAAAAGAGGAACUUGUCCUCAUUUUACUUCUUUACCUAAACCCAUUUCUUCAAUCUCUCCAAUUUCAUCUUUACCUUCUCCACCACCUCAACAACCUCCUCAGCACAAUCACAGGAAACGUGGUCCUUCUGAACGCAGUGGUGGUGGUGGCAGAGCUGCUGGUACUAGUGGUGGUGGUGGCGGUGGUGGUGGAGGAGGUGGGGGAGAUGGGUGUGCUUCUUCUUCUUACCAGGCAACAGUAACGCCACUUGAUCCUUCUUAUUACUUCAACAGUAAUAAUAAUAAUAACAAUAAUCAGGUUAAUUCUGUUUCUACUGCUACAACAAUUCCAUUGAUAUGUUCUCAGCAUCAGCAACAGCAGCAGCAGCAUUUGAUGCUAUCAGGUGGGAAAGAAGAUUUAGAUGCAUUAGCAAUGCUAGAAGAUAGUGUUAAGAAGUUAAAAAGUCCAAAAGCAUCACCAGGACCAACAUUAAGCAAAACACAAAUUGAUUCUGCACUUAAUCUUCUUGCUGAUUGGCUUUAUGAAUCAUGUGGGUCUGUUUCAUUUUCAAGUCUUGAGAAUCCAAAGUUUAAAGCAUUUCUUAAUCAAGUUGGUUUACCUUGUGUUUCUAAAAGAGAUUUCGCUGGUACACGUUUGGAUAAUAAGUUUGAUGAAGCUAAAAAUGAAUCAGAAGCAAGAAUUGGUGAUGCUUUGUUCUUUCAAAUUGCUUCAGAUGGUUGGAAAUCCAAGAAUUUUAGUAGUCUUGUUAGUGGCGAAAAGUUGAUUAAUUUGACUGUCAAUCUUCCUAAUGGUACUAGUGUGUUUAGAAAAGCUGUUUUUACUACUGGGGCCGUUCCUUCUAAAUAUGCAGAAGAUAUUCUUUGGGAAACCAUUACUGAUAUAUGUGGUGGAAAUGGUGGUGUUGUUCAGAGAUGUGUUGGGAUUGUUUCUGAUAAAUUCAAAGCGAAAGCGUUGAAGAAUUUGGAGAUUCAGAAUCACUGGAUGGUAAAUCUUUCUUGUCAACUUCAAGCUUUUGUUAGUUUGAUAAAAGACUUUAGUAAAGAACUUCCUUUAUUCAGAACUGUAACUGAUAAUUGUCUCAAACUAGCAAAUUUGGUUAAUACUAAACCACAAGUAAGGAAUAGUUUCCAUAAAUAUCAAUUGCAAGAGCAUGAUCAUGUUGAGGUUCUUAGAAUUCCGUCUCCUGAGUUCGAAAGUACAAAUAAUUUUGUUUCUGUUUUUGGAAUGUUAGAAGAUAUAUUGGGAUCAGCUAGAGUACUUCAAUUAGUUGUGAUGGAUGAUUCUUAUAAAAUGGUUUGUGUGGAAGAUCCAAUUGCUAGAGAAGUUGCAGAUAUGGUUAGAGAUAUGGGUUUUUGGAAUGAAUUAGAAGCCGUUCAUUCCUUAAUCAAGUUGAUUAGAGGAAUGUCUCAAGAGAUUGAAGCAGAAAGACCGCUGGUUGGGCAAUGCCUGCCUCUUUGGGAGGAAUUAAGGGCAAAAGUCAAGGAUUGGUGCGUGAAGUUUAACAUUGCCGAAGGACCGGUAGAGAAGGUGAUUGAAAGAAGAUUCAAGAAGAAUUAUCACCCGGCAUGGUCUGCAGCGUUUAUACUUGACCCACUUUACUUGAUGAGAGAUGCUAGUGGGAAAUACCUUCCUCCAUUCAAAUGUCUAACUCCAGAGCAGGAGAAAGAUGUUGAUAAGCUUAUAACUAGACUAGUUUCUAGGGAAAAAGCUCAUAUUGCUUUGAUGGAGCUUAUGAAAUGGAGGUCCGAAGGGCUUGACCCGCUUUAUGCUCAAGCAGUUCAAGUCAAACAGAGGGAUCCCAUGACAGGAAAAAUGAGAAUCGCUAACCCGCAAAGUAGUAGACUUGUAUGGGAAACGUGUUUAAGUGAAUUCAAGUCAUUGGGGAAAGUUGCCGUUAGGCUUAUUUUCCUACAUGCAACUUCAUGUGGGUUCAAGUGCAAUUGGUCGUUCUUGAGAUGGGUUUGUGCAAAUGGAAAUUCUAGAGCUUGUGUUGAAAAAGCUCAAAAGAUGAUUUUCAUCGCAGCCCAUGCCAAGCUUGAGAGGCGGGAUUUUGCUAAUGAAGAGGAUAAGGAUGCUGAGCUCUUCUCUAUGGAAAAUGGUGAUGAUGACGUACUUAACAAGGUUUUGCAGGAGAUCCUCCAUAUGCAUUCUUUCUGUUUUUGGUUAAUUUGCAGGGUUCAUGCCAGUCCUUACUUUAGUUACUUAUCUUUCAUGGAUAGUCGCCGCUCAUGGUAAAAGCUAAUAACAUUCAAGGAGGACCACGAACUGAAGACAAUCUGAUUCAGAUACUCCCUGCAGGUUCUACAUUAAAAUUUUGCAUCUCAAAACUAGAAUUUGAUCAGUUCAUGCAUAUUUUUUCUUCGUGUCGUUUUCUUACACUAUGUCAUUGAUACCAACGUCCAGAAUGAUAUAUCAUCAUGCCAAUGUCCAGGGUGAUAUUAUUAUUGAAUUUAUGUGCGAAAUGAUGUGUAAACCGACACGGAUUGCAACUUGUUACCGGAUGGCGAAGUUUGGUUUUUCGCCUCGGAUACUAGGGUGAAUCAAUCCCUUGCAUGUUUCUAAUGAGAAAAUGGAAACGAUGAAAGGGUAGUAUAAGUUUACUUUGAAAGCUAGAACA